AUGUCCGACAAGGACGCCGGCACGCCUCGCGUCUUCCUCUUCAGACAUGGAAUCACCGAAUGGACCAUCAAUGGCCGCUACACCGGCAAAACCGAGCUCUCUCUCACAGAAAAGGGCAAGCAGCAAGUGAUCGGCACCGGCCGCAUGAUCGUUGGUCCCGGCAAGUUGAUCGAUCCGUCUAAGCUUGCACGUGUCUUUGUCAGUCCGCGGGUGCGGGCUAAACAAACAUUUGAGCUGGCCUUUGGCGAGAACGAUCGAUAUGACUUGGAUGGAGAGGGGAAUCUAACCGAGACGGAGGAGUUGGCGGAGUGGGAUUAUGGGGCGUACGAGGGGCUUGUGACGAGGGAGAUUCGGGCACUGAGGAAGGAGCACGGGCUUGAUGGGGAGAGGGAGUGGGAUAUCUGGCGGGAUGGAUGUGAGGAUGGGGAAUCGCCAGAGCAAGUGACCGCUCGGCUUGAUGCUCUCAUCUCCGAAAUACACGCAAUUCAAGGCCCGAACAUGCAUGGUGAGAAGGUAUGCGACGUGGUGCUCGUCGCUCAUGGUCACAUACUCCGAGCCUUCGUGAAGAGGUGGCUGAGGUAUCCCAUGGAAUUCCCACUCUCAAUGAUGCUCGAGCCUGGCGGCGUUGGCGUCUUGAGUUACCAACACCACAACGUUGAAGAACCGGCUGUGUUAGUCGGUAUUGGCUUCCCCAUUCAGUGA